AUGAGAAUGGAGAAACUCAAGAAGGAGGCUUGCAUCGACGGUGUGAUGGUCGAUGUAUGGUGGGGGAUCGUGGAGUCUGAAGCCCCCAAGGAAUAUAAGUGGGAGGGUUACAAAGAGCUGUUCAAGAUGAUCAUGAGUUUGGAACUCAAAAUCCAUGUCAUCAUGUCUUUCCACAAGAGCAGAGAAAACUUAAAAACCAUAGGUCUCCCGAAGUGGGUAGUCCAAUAUGGCGAAGACAAUCCCGAUAUCUAUUACACCGACCGCAAUGGCUUUCCAGACGAGGGCUGCCUCAGUCUUGGGGUCGAUCAUGAACUCCUCUUCGGUAAAGAAAAUGAUAAACGUACUGCGAUACAGUUGUACAGUGACUUCAUGAAAAGUUUCCGGAAAGAGAUGAAAGAGUUUCUAGAAUCCGGUGUGGUAGUGGCCAUCGAAGUCGGUCUUGGACCCAAUGGAGAACUUUGUUACCCUUCCUUUCCAACAGAAGAAAGGAAAAAGGAAAAAGAAAAAGAAAUAGUAACACAAAAAGAGUGGAAAUUUCCCGGCGUCGGAGAAUUUCAGUGCUACGACAAAUACUUGAAGGAAGAUUACGAUAAUGCUGCAAAGAAGGCAGGACACUCGGAGUCGGAUCUUUUGAACGAAGAUUUUUUGGGUUUUGGAAACUACAACAGCGAGCCAGAGGAGACUGAAUUUUUCAAGAAGAAUGGGACAUAUACCACUGAGAAGGGGGAGUUCUUCUUGGAAUGGUACUCCAACAAACUUAUCCUCCAUGGCGAUCAGAUCCUAAGAGAAGCCAGCAAGAUCUUCACCGGCCUCAAAAUUGACUUGGUUAUAUUUGUUUCAGGAGUUCAUUGGUUUUAUGGCCAUCACAGCCACGCGGCAGAACUAACUGCCGGAUAUUACAACCUUCGUACCAGAGAUGGUUACCGUCCCAUCGCCAGGAUGCUAUACAAACGCAACUGCUUACUCAACUUCAGUUGUUUUGAGAUGAAAUACUACCACUAUCAAAAGAAUGAUUUUUCUGCCCCCGAAGAACUUGUUAAAGCGGUCUUGAGUAAAGCUUGGGAAGAAGGCAUAGACGUGAUUGGUGCAAACACAUCAGAAAAUAUUAAUGCGGAGGGUUACGACCAGAUUCUUCGUCAUGCCAGGUCAAACGGUUCUAACCCGGAGGAGCCCAACUUCAAAUUGCACAGUUUCAUGUACCUACGAUUGUCCGAUAAUAUCUUUGAGGAAUUAAACUACGAAGAGUUCAAGAAGUUUGUGAGAAAAAUGCAUGCAGAUCUAGAUUACUGUGGGGAUGCAGAGAAGUAUGCCCAUGAGGUCGAGUCGAAUUCAGCCAUAACACUUGAGGAAAUUUCAGCUGCGAGCAAGAUUAAGAGAAUCAUCCGAGACAAAAAUGAAUCAUGACAUGUAGAUAUGAGAGUUUAUAUGCAUGUUUUUCAGAUCUAUUCCAUUUA